AUGGCAGCAGCCCUCGCUGCCUCCUUGCCCGCACCUCAAGCGGCACCCACACCUGCUGCACCUAUGCAUGAAGCUAUUCCGGCGUCGAUGUCCAAGGUGAUCGACAUCGAGGCUGAGAUCCCAUUGAAGUGCGUACAACUGGACGGAAUGGUGGUCUCGAAAAUCAUCAAGCACUCCCGGGAAGCGCAAGGCCCCGCUGCUCAUGGUCUCAUUCUAGGCCUCGACCUUGACGGAAUUUUAGAGGUGUCCAACUCGUUUCCUCUGCCAAAUCACUCAUCCGAUGACGACGAUAAGUCGGUAAAAGGUGUCGCUCGAUACCAGGGGGCGAUGCUUCGAUCAUUGAAGGAAGUGCAGGCAGACGACAGCGUCGUUGGAUUUUACCAGGCCAUGACGCUCGGUUCCUUUUUCAAUCAGACAUUGGUGGACACGCAGGCCAUCCACCAGGAGAAGUUGAGGCAUGGGGGUGUCGUAAUAGUCCACGAUGUGUCGCAGGGCGCACGAGGAAACGCGUCUUUUCGCGCGUUCCGACUGACAAAGGCGUUUUUAGACGCGUACAAAAGAAAUAAUUUCAGUACACCGAGUUUAAUCAGCCACCGGCUGACUUUCUCAUCGAUGCUGGAGGAGGUACCACUCAAAAUCCGAACGAAUGCCUUGCUGAGUUCCUUCCUGGGGACGCUGGCCGAAGUGUCCGGACCGUCGUUGGCCGACGCGGGCCCGUCCGCGGCGAUGUCAUCUGCAGCCUUACCACCCUCGUUUUCGGCGCUGGAUCUGGGCUCGUCGAGCGUCUCGCGCAACUUGGAGCACAUCAUCGAGGCUGUGGAUAGUUACAAGACAGAAGAAGGCAACCUAGCCUACCUACAGCGGCAGAUUGCGAGGGAGAAAGCGCGGGCAGAAGCAUACGUUGCGAAGCGGAAAGAGGAGAAUGCCGGGCGAGUAGCGCAGGGUUUGGCGCCGCUUCCCGAGGAGGAUGUGAGCAGGCUGUUCAAGGUGCCGGCUGAGCCCAGUCGGCUGGAGAGCCUGCUGCUGCUGGGCAAGAUCGAUGCGUUUGGAAAGAGCCUGGCAGAGACGUCGAGUGUUGGGUUGGUGAAGAUAGAUGAUGCUGUCCGGGCAGCACAUGGCUCGAUGGGGGACAGAGGCCGGCAUGCGACGCCGACACGCGCAACCCGGCCGGGUGCUGCGGCGAUCGCUGGUGGCGUGGGACAACCUCCGAAUCCAUAUUAA